AUGACAGCCAAAAGAUAUACGAUGUGUGUGUUUAUGCCAUCCUUUUUUGCAAUUGUAGCUCCUAUAGUUACAAAAAUUACAUACAACGCAAUAGAACCAACAUUGGAUGACGAUGUCAAUAAGAAUUUAGUUUUUGGAGAGAUUGCCUUAAUUGACGCGUAUGUCUACAUAUUGAUAGGUGCAUCCAUGGCUAGUUCUUAAAUAGGAAGUGCUCCUGUUGAAGAAAGAGAAAAAAAGUAGAAAUAUGCUUUAAAUGUGAUGGGAUGCAGAACAUUACCAUAUUGGCUAGGAUAUUAUAUUUAUGAUAUCACAGUUUGCAUUAUUUUACUGAUUGUAUUUAUCAUAACAGUAAACAUUUUUGGUGUUGAAGCAAUUAAUAAUGGAAAUGUUUAUGGACUUAUAUUUUGUUGUUACUUAGCAUACUUACCACUUAGUUAUAUAUUGUCUUGGCUAUUUACUUCAUUCUUAUCAGCAGUUAGAUCCUUAGUAUUCAUUCAAUUAUUUGGGUUCUUUAUGAUUGCUUCAGUAAUUUAUAUAGUGAGCAUAAAAGUUGAGGGUGUUCUUUGGAUUUUAUCAUUUUUGUGCCCUUCAUUAGCUACUUUUAGUGGAUUCAUGGCUGUAUAUAAUUAGAUUGCUAAAGAUAAUAAUGUAACCGAUGGAGAUAUAUUUGAAAAUGUUUAUCCAUUUGUCUUUAUGAUCAUCAUGCUCUUUUAAGCAUGUCUCUAUUUCUACAUAACUUAUUUAAUUGACAAUAGAGAACUCUUAGGUGCACAAUCUGGAGGAGUCUUAAGCCUGAAUUAGGAUGAUGAUGUAAUUUAAGAGGAAAAAAGAGUUGAAGUUCAGAGUUGUUAAGACAGAACAUAUGCCAAUGGAUUCUAGGCAGUAAAGGGAACUUCAUUCGGAGUAGAACCUGGACAGAUCUUUGGGUUAUUGGGUCCAAAUGGGGCUGGUAAGUCAACUACUUUUAACAUGAUUACUUCAAAAUUGAAGCCAUCCACAGGAACUAUUCUAUUAGAACAUUAGGAAGUUAAAAAAGGGUUGGGAGAUGUGUAUCAGAAUGUUGGAAUCUGUCCUUAAUUUGAUAGUCUAUAUGAUAUAGUAAACGUUAGAAGACACUUACAAAUCUUGGGCCUAUCUUAAAAGGCUUAAGAGGAGAAGAUGUGA